UCCUGUCAGAUACCACAUUCUUAAAAGCACUGAGCAAUGGAGAUGACAAUGUUCUUGGAUUUGACGUGGUUGAUUUGUUACAUCUUCCUGAAAGAAACAAUGUUCAGAUGUCGUCGUGUUCAACAAACUACUGCAAAACUUGGAGCAAUUUUGCCAGGAUGACCUCAUCUGAGCGAGAUGUCUUCCUGAAAGAGUCCUUUCCUGUUGACUUCCAGUGGGCCACCUCCAGUGAGUCCUUCAAGGUUGAAGGAGGCUGGUUAGAGGAUGGGAAGGGAGAGACCAUCUGGGAUCGUUUCGGUCAUGAGGGCCUAGCCUUUGAAAAUCAGACAGCUGAUUUAGCUUGUGACGGUUACCACAAGGUCGAUUAUGAUGUCUACCUCCUGCGAGGUCUUCAAGUCAACACCUAUCAGUUUUCCAUCUCCUGGGCCCGAAUUUUCCCCUCAGGUCAUCUGGGCAGCCAGUCAGAGAAAGGUGCACUCUAUUAUGACAAACUAAUCAAUGCCCUCAUUGAGUCUGGCAUACAUCCUGUUGUCACUCUAUACCACUGGGAUCUGCCCCAGUCACUCCAGGAGUCUGGUGGAUGGACCAACAAUUCCAUUGUUGAAGCCUUCAAGGACUACGCAGACUUCUGCUUCUCCAGGUUUGGAGAUCGGGUCAAGACAUGGAACACAUUCAGCAGCCCCUGGGUGGUGAGCCAUGCUGGGUAUGGCACUGGUGAGCAUCCUCCUGGUGUGAAAGACUAUGUGGUUGCCUCCUAUCAGGUGACUCACAAUAUACUCAAAUCUCAUGCUGAGGCCUGGCAUGUCUACAAUGACAAGUACAGGAAAACACAAGGAGGGAAAGUAGGCAUUGCACUGAAUUCAGACUGGGCAGAGCCCAUGGAUCCUUCCAAACCUGAAGACACAGCAGCUGCAAAUCGCUACCUGCAGUUCAUGCUGGGCUGGUUUGCACAUCCCAUAUUUGUGGAUGGAGAUUAUCCUGCAACACUCAAGACUCAAAUAGAACAGAAACGAAAUGAGUGCCCCGUGUCUGAGCCUGCAAGACUUCCAGUUUUCACUCCUGAAGAGAGCCAGAGGAUACGUGGAACAGCUGACUUUUUGGGAUUGAACCACUAUACCUCCCGGCUGGUCAACAGCAGUGAUGGGGGCUGCAGCCCUGGUCCUCAGGGUGUGGGUGACUUCCAGACACACGUGGACCCUUCAUGGAACUCGACAGCUUCUGACUGGAUCUUUUCUGCACCUUGGGGUCUUCGGAGACUUCUGAACUACAUUUCCACAGAAUACCUGAAAGUUACCAAAGUGCCUAUUUAUAUAACUGGGAAUGGUAUGCCUACUGAGUACACUGGGGACACUCUAAAUGACAUUCAUCGAAUAGAGUACAUGAAGAAUUACAUCAAUGAGGCUCUGAAAGCUAUACAUUUGGAUGGCGUGAAUGUGCAGCGGUUUACUGUCCAGUCACUUGUAGAUGGCUUUGAAGGUCCGCAAGGCUACAGUGAACGUUUUGGAUUGCAUCAUGUCAACUUUGACUCACCUGAUAGACCCAGGACUCCAAAACAGUCUGCCUACUUUUACUCCGAAAUUAUUGAAAAAAAUGGUUUUGCCCCCUCAAAAAUGUUCUUUCAUAUGCCAGAACUGAAAAACAUAGCGUCAAAUAAACUUUCCUCAAUGCCACCUUCCACAGUCCCAUCUCAAGCCAAAAGUGUUUGGGAGAAAUUCUCUGGUCAAAGCAAUUUUCAGAGAAAACUCUACCACUAUGGCACUUUCCCACAAGGAUUCAGUUGGGGAGUAUCGUCUUCUGCUUACCAGAUUGAAGGUGGCUGGAAUGCUGAUGGAAAGGGGCCCAGCAUCUGGGACACCAUGAGACCUCCAGGUAUUCCUGAAGAUGCAAAUGGAGAUGUGGCCUGUGACAGCUAUCACAGACUUGAAGAAGACCUCUACAUGCUUCGAGCUCUGAAGGUGAAGUCGUACAGAUUCUCUUUGUCCUGGUCCAGAAUCUUUCCUGACGGUCAGCGUGCAUCUCUGAACCAGAAAGGUGUUGACUACUACAACAGACUUAUUGAUGGCCUCAGAUCAUAUAAUAUCACUCCCAUGGUGACACUGUACCACUGGGACCUCCCUCAGGCUUUGCAAAUCAUUGGUGGCUGGGAAAAUGUAACAAUGAUCAACAUUUUUAAUGACUUUUGUGAUUUUUGCUUUGCCACCUUUGGAGACAGAGUGAAAUUUUGGAUAACCUUCAACCAACCUCAAACAAUUGCAUGGUCAGGAUAUGGACUUGGACAGAUGCCACCAACUGUUAAGAAUCCAGGAACUGCACCAUACCAAGUUGCACACAACCUUCUUAAAGCACACGCCACGGCUUACCACACAUAUGAUGAUAAGUAUCGCAAAUCCCAAGGUGGUUUAAUAUCCAUUGCCCUCAAUGCUGAUUGGGUUGAGCCUAAAGACGCUAACGUUCCCCGUGAAGUGGCGGCUGCUGACCGCGCUCUGCAGUUCCAACUGGGCUGGUUUGCACAUCCCAUUUUCAAGAACGGUGACUAUCCUAUUAUAAUGAAGUUUCAAGUGGAAAGCAAAAGUGUGAUACAAGGUCUUUCAGAAACCAGACUGCCUUCCUUCACUGAAGAAGAGAAGAGCUUCAUCCAGGGAACGGCUGACAUGUUCUGUCUAAAUCAUUACACUACGAAGAUAGUAAGCCAUGUUGCAAGUUUGCCUACCCCUGCAUCCUAUGAAUAUGACAGAGAAGUGUCAGAAGCAGAGGACGGAGAUUCACCAACUACUGCAAUCGGAAACCAGAGAGCUGUAGCAUGGGGACUGAGAAGACUCCUCAACUGGAUCAAGGAGGAGUAUGGAGAUCCAGAGAUUUACAUUUCUGAGAAUGGAGUAGCUACAGAUAUUAUGACCACAGUUGAUGACAUAGACAGAGUAUUCUACUACAAGACCUAUAUUGAUGAAGCUCUAAAAGCUCAUGAUCUUGACGGUGUAAAGGUUAAAGGAUACAUAGCAACUUCUCUCAUGGAUUCUUUUGAGUGGCUCAGUGGGUACAGAAUAGGAUUUGGGCUACACCAUGUGGACUUCACUAACCCACACCGGCCAAGGACACCCAAACUCUCUGCUCACUAUUACUACCAAGUCAUGAAGGACAACGGAUUCCCAUUACCAGAUGAUGAGAAGAUACUUUACGGAGAGUUUCCCAAAUAUUUUAACUGGAGCACUGCCAGUGCUGCUUUCCAGAUUGAAGGGAGCUGGAGAGCCCAUGGUAAAGGACUGAGUAUCUGGGACACGUUUUCCCACACUCCUUCAAGGACAGACAACGGUGACAAUGGCGACGUCGCUUGUGAUAGUUACAACAAGAUUGACGAGGAUGUGGAAGUGCUGAAGAAGCUGAAGGUGACCCAUUAUCGCUUCUCUGUAUCAUGGCCCAGAGUACUUCCUGAUGGCACCAACAACCACAUCAAUGAAGCUGGACUGAACUACUAUCACAGAUUACUCAACGCCCUGGAAGCUGCCAAUAUUGAGCCCCAGGUGACCCUAUACCACUGGGACCUCCCCGAGGCUCUACAGAGAGUUGGUGGCUGGGAGAAUGAAACCAUUGUCCAGAGAUUCAGAGAUUAUGCAGAUGUUUUAUUCAGUCAAUUUGGAAGUAAAGUGAAGUUCUGGAUCACACUAAAUGAACCAUAUAUUGUGGCCAACCUUGGCUAUGGAUAUGGUAGUUUUGCUCCAGGCAUUGGGGGUAAGCAGUAUAUUGCAGCUCACAACCUGAUCAAGGCCCAUGCUGAGGCCUGGCAUCUCUACAAUGACAAGUAUCGAGCAACUCAGGGUGGUCUCAUCUCCAUUACCAUCAACUCUGAUUGGGCAGAGCCAAGGAACCCGUAUAAGCAGGAAGAUGUGGAUGCAACCAUGCGCUACUUGCAGUUCUUCAUUGGCUGGUUUGCCCAUCCCAUUUUCAACGGUGAUUAUCCUGAAAUAAUGAAAACAAUCGUUCGGGAAAGAAGCCUUGCUGCGGGUCUGCCUCAGUCGAGGCUUCCUGAGUUCACCCCUGAGGAAAUCAAGAGAAUCAAAGGGACUCAUGAUUACUUUGGCUUCAACCAUUACUGCUCAGUUCUUAUAUACCCAUUCAGUCUGGGAAAUCAGCAAGAUUACGAAGGUGACAGGGGUCUUCGAGCCGCCCAUGAUCGCACCUGGAUUGAAACUGGCUCAUUCUGGCUAAAGAUCACUCCAUUUGGAUUUAGAAAAAUCCUCAAGUUUAUCAAGGAUGAGUAUGGAAACCCACCCAUCUAUGUCACAGAGAAUGGGGUCUCAGAACGAGGACCAGUUGACUUGAAUGACAUCCACAGAACGCACUACUAUGAAAGCUACAUUAACCAGGCCCUGAAAGCUCAUGUUCUGGAUGGAGUUGAUCUGAGAGGCUAUACAGCCUGGUCAUUAAUGGACAACUUUGAGUGGGCUGCAGGCUACUCUGAGCGAUUUGGACUUUUCUAUGUGAAUCGCUCUGACAUCAACUUGCCCCGCAUCCCAAAAAACUCAGCUUCUCGCUACACCUCCAUCAUCACCUGCAAUGGUUUCCCAGACCCAGCCCUCGGGCCCCAUGAGUGUUUGAACCCUGAACCUGAAGCUACAAGUGCUCCCGCCAUCACAAAUACAGUCGUUCCCAUUCUGCCCCUGAGCAUAGUGGACUUCUUGGGUCUGGAGCUUUCAUCUCAGGAUGCUGAAGUUGCGCUUUAUGUCCUCUUUGUAUUAUUUCUUGGAAGUGUACUUGGCAUGAGCUUCACUGUAUACUGGUUCCUGAAAACAAAAAAGAAGUUAAAGAGAGCUGCAGCGGAAUCUGUUAAGAUGCAGAGAAUUAUUUUGUUUGAGAAACAUGAGGAUCAACAUCCAGCCAUGUUUCUUGCAGGUCCCAUGACCAUGGUGAAGCAUUUGAAUGGCAAACCGUCUGAAGGAACAGUGUUGGACACUUUUGACUGCAGUCAUCCCAUACCUCCAGGCUCCAAACAGUACUUUGAGUACCUCCAGAGCAGAGGAGUGACCCACUUCAAAGUACCGCUGUCAUGGGAUCAAUUUCUACCUUCAGCCCUCUCCAGUGAAGCCCAGCAGGCUGUGGUUACCUGUUAUCAGACUCUGCUGAAACAGUUGCUGGAGGUGGGCCUUCAGCCCCUGAUUGUGCUUCACGGAUCCACCGUGCCAGACACUCUGAGCUCAAGUCAUGGAGGCUGGGAGAGCCAGGAGGUAGCUAAAAUAUUUCGGCAGUAUGCUGAGUUUGCCUUCCAGGUGUUUGGAGAGCUGGCGCACUCAUGGGUGACACUGAGCAACUUGGAUGAGCUGAGUGAUGCUCAGUUGCAAAAUGCUCUUGAUGCACACACCAAAAUCUACCACCGUUACCAUCAGCUGUUUCCCAGGAGAGAUGGAGGGGUAUCAGCCGGAGUGAAGGCCAGUAAAGCCCCAUUCAUCUGCAACACUCAACAACUGAAAUAUUCAGAUUUCCUCUCUAUUAAAAUUCAAUAUGACUGCACCACUGGACAAAACCUGGCUGAGGAACUGCAAAAUAUUUUGGCAACAUGUGGAGACAAACCCAUUCUCUUUUAUGAGGUGGACAUCAAGGACUGUUCUCCUUCUCAGCUCCUGUCAGAUACCACAUUCUUAAAAGCACUGAGCAAUGGAGAUGACAAUGUUCUUGGAUUUGACGUGGUUGAUUUGUUACAUCUUCCUGAAAGAAACAAUGUUCAGAUGUCGUCGUGUUCAACAAACUACUGCAAAACUUGGAGCAAUUUUGCCAGGAUGACCUCAUCUGAGCGAGAUGUCUUCCUGAAAGAGUCCUUUCCUGUUGACUUCCAGUGGGCCACCUCCAGUGAGUCCUUCAAGGUUGAAGGAGGCUGGUUAGAGGAUGGGAAGGGAGAGACCAUCUGGGAUCGAUUCGGUCAUGAGGGCCUAGCCUUUGAAAAUCAAACAGCUGAUUUAGCUUGUGACGGUUACCACAAGGUCGAUUAUGAUGUCUACCUCCUGCGAGGUCUUCAAGUCAACACCUAUCAGUUUUCCAUCUCCUGGGCCCGAAUUUUCCCCUCAGGUCAUCAGGGCAGCCAGUCAGAAAAAGGUGCACUCUAUUAUGACAAACUAAUCAAUGCCCUCAUUGAGUCUGGCAUACAUCCUGUUGUCACUCUAUACCACUGGGAUCUGCCCCAGUCACUCCAGGAGUCUGGUGGAUGGACCAACAAUUCCAUUGUUGAAGCCUUCAAGGACUACGCAGACUUCUGCUUCUCCAGGUUUGGAGAUCGGGUCAAGACAUGGAACACAUUCAGCAGCCCCUGGGUGGUGAGCCAUGCUGGGUAUGGCACUGGUGAGCAUCCUCCUGGUGUGAAAGACUAUGUGGUUGCCUCCUAUCAGGUGACUCACAAUAUACUCAAAUCUCAUGCUGAGGCCUGGCAUGUCUACAAUGACAAGUACAGGAAAACACAAGGAGGGAAAGUAGGCAUUGCACUGAAUUCAGACUGGGCAGAGCCCAUGGAUCCUUCCAAACCUGAAGACACAGCAGCUGCAAAUCGCUACCUGCAGUUCAUGCUGGGCUGGUUUGCACAUCCCAUAUUUGUGGAUGGAGAUUAUCCUGCAACACUCAAGGCUCAAAUAGAACAGAAACGAAAUGAGUGCCCCGUGUCUGAGCCUGCAAGACUUCCAGUUUUCACUCCUGAAGAGAGCCAGAGGAUACGUGGAACAGCUGACUUUUUGGGAUUGAACCACUAUACCUCCCGGCUGGUCAACAGCAGUGAUGGGGGCUGCAGCCCUGGUCCUCAGGGUGUGGCUGACUUCCAGACACACGUGGACCCUUCAUGGAACUCGACAGCUUCUGACUGGAUCUUUUCUGCACCUUGGGGUCUUCGGAGACUUCUAAACUACAUUUCCACAGAAUACCUGAAAGUUACCAAAGUGCCUAUUUAUAUAACUGGGAAUGGUAUGCCUACUGAGUACACUGGGGACACUCUAAAUGACAUUCAUCGAAUAGAGUACAUGAAGAAUUACAUCAAUGAGGCUCUGAAAGCUAUACAUUUGGAUGGCGUGAAUGUGCAGCGGUUUACUGUCCAGUCACUUGUAGAUGGCUUUGAAGGUCCGCAAGGCUACAGUGAACGUUUUGGAUUGCAUCAUGUCAACUUUGACUCACCUGAUAGACCCAGGACUCCAAAACAGUCUGCCUACUUUUACUCCGAAAUUAUUGAAAAAAAUGGUUUUGCCCCUUCAAAAAUGUUCUUUCAUAUGCCAGAACUGAAAAACAUAGCGUCAAAUAAACUUUCCUCAAUGCCACCUUCCACAGUCCCAUCUCAAGCCAAAAGUGUUUGGGAGAAAUUCUCUGGUCAAAACAAUUUUCAGAGAAAACUCUACCACUAUGGCACUUUCCCACAAGGAUUCAGUUGGGGAGUAUCGUCUUCUGCUUACCAAAUUGAAGGUGGCUGGAAUGCUGAUGGAAAGGGGCCCAGCAUCUGGGACAUCAUCAGACCUCCAGGUAUUCCUGAAGAUGCAAAUGGAAAUGUGGCCUGUGACAGCUAUCACAGACUUGAAGAAGACCUCUACAUGCUUCGAGCUCUGAAGGUGAAGUCGUACAGAUUCUCUUUGUCCUGGUCCAGAAUCUUUCCUGACGGUCGGCAUGCAUCUUUGAACCAGAAAGGUGUUGACUACUACAACAGACUUAUUGAUGGCCUCAGAUCAUAUAAUAUCACUCCCAUGGUGACACUGUACCACUGGGACCUCCCUCAUGCUUUGCAACUCAUUGGUGGCUGGGAAAAUGUAGACAUGAUCAACAUUUUUAAUGACUUUUGUGAUUUUUGCUUUGCCACCUUUGGAGACAGAGUGAAAUUUUGGAUAACCUUCAACCAACCUCAGACAAUUGCAUGGUCAGGAUAUGGACUUGGACAGAUGCCACCAAAUGUUAAGAAUCCAGGAACUGCACCAUACCAAGUUGCACACAACCUUCUUAAAGCACACGCCACGGCUUACCACACAUAUGAUGAUAAGUAUCGCAAAUCACAAGGUGGUUUAAUAUCCAUUGCCCUCAAUGCUGAUUGGGUUGAGCCUAAAGACGCUAACGUUCCCCGUGAAGUGGCGGCUGCUGACCGCGCUCUGCAGUUCCAACUGGGCUGGUUUGCACAUCCCAUUUUCAAGAACGGUGACUAUCCUAUUAUAAUGAAGUGGCAAGUGGAAAGCAAAAGUGAGCUGCAAGAUCUUUCAGAGACCAGACUGCCUUCCUUCACUGAAGAAGAGAAGAGUUUCAUCCAGGGAACGGCUGACAUGUUCUGUUUAAAUCAUUACACUACAAAGAUAGUAAGCCAUGUUGCAAAUUCGCUUAAACCUGCAUCCUAUGAAUAUGACCGAGAUGUGUCAGAAGCAGAGGAAGGAGAUUCACCAACUACUGCAAUCAGUGACCAGAGAGCUGUAGCAUGGGGACUGAGAAGACUCCUCAACUGGAUCAAGGAGGAGUAUGGAGAUCCAGAGAUUUACAUUUCUGAGAAUGGAGUAGCUACAGACAUUAGGACCACAGUUGAUGACAUAGACAGAGUAUUCUACUUCAAGACCUAUAUUGAUGAAGCUCUAAAAGCUCAUGAUCUUGACGGUGUAAAGGUUAAAGGAUACAUAGCAACUUCUCUCAUGGAUUCUUUUGAGUGGCUAAAUGGUUACAAAGUUGGAUUUGGGUUACACCAUGUGGACUUCACUAACCCACACCGGCCAAGGACACCCAAACGCUCUGCUCACUAUUACUACCAAGUCAUGAAGGACAACGGAUUCCCAUUACCAGAUGAUGAGAAGAUACUUUACGGCGAGUUUCCCAAAAGUUUUAACUGGAGUACUGCCAGUGCUGCUUACCAGAUUGAAGGGAGCUGGAGAGCCCAUGGUAAAGGUCUGAGUAUCUGGGACAAGUUUGCCCAUACUCCUUUGAGGACGCACAACGGUGAAAAUGGCGACAUCGCUUGUGAUAGUUACAACAAGAUUGACAAGGAUGUGGAAGUGCUGAAGAAGCUGAAGGUGACCCAUUAUCGCUUCUCUGUAUCAUGGCCCAGAGUACUUCCUGAUGGCACCAACAACCACAUCAAUGAAGCUGGACUGAACUACUAUCACAGAUUACUCGACGCCCUGGAAGCUGCCAAUAUUGAGCCCCAGGUAACCCUGUACCACUGGGACCUCCCCCAGGCUCUACAGAGAGUUGGUGGCUGGGAGAAUGAAACCAUUGUCCAGAGAUUCAGAGAUUAUGCAGAUGUUUUAUUCAGUCAAUUUGGAAGCAGAGUGAAGUUCUGGAUCACACUAAAUGAACCAUAUAUUGUGGCCAACCUUGGCUAUGGAUAUGGUACUUUUGCUCCAGGCGUUGUGCGUAAGCAGUAUAUUGCAGCUCACAACCUGAUCAAGGCCCAUGCUGAGGCCUGGCAUCUCUACAAUGACAAGUAUCGAGCAACUCAGGGUGGUCUCAUCUCCAUUACCAUCAACUCUGAUUGGGCAGAGCCAAGGAACCCGUAUAAGCAGGAAGAUGUGGAUGCAACCAUGCGCUACUUGCAGUUCUUCAUUGGCUGGUUUGCCCAUCCCAUUUUCAACGGUGAUUAUCCUGAAAUAAUGAAAACAAUCGUUCGGGAAAGAAGCCUUGCUGCGGGUCUGCCUCAGUCGAGGCUUCCUGAGUUCACCCCUGAGGAAAUCAAGAGAAUCAAAGGGACUCAUGAUUACUUUGGCUUCAACCAUUACUGCUCAGUUCUUGUAUACCCAUUCAGUCUGGGAAAUCAGCAAGAUUACGAAGGUGACAGAGGUCUUCGAGUCACCCAUGAUCGCACCUGGAUUGAAACUGGCUCAUUCUGGCUAAAGAUCACUCCAUUUGGAUUUAGAAAAAUCCUCAAGUUUAUCAAGGAUGAGUAUGGAAACCCACCCAUCUAUGUCACAGAGAAUGGGGUCUCAGAACGAGGACCAGUUGACUUGAAUGACAUCCACAGAACGCACUACUAUGAAAGCUACAUUAACCAGGCCCUGAAAGCUCAUGUUCUGGAUGAAGUUGAUCUGAGAGGCUAUACAGCCUGGUCAUUAAUGGACAACUUUGAGUGGGCUGGAGGCUACGCUGAGCGAUUUGGACUUUUCUAUGUGAAUCGCUCUGACACCAACUUGCCCCGCAUCCCAAAAAACUCAGCUUCUCGCUACUCCUCCAUCAUCACCUGCAAUGGUUUCCCAGACCCAGCCCUCGGGCCCCAUGAGUGUUUGAACCCUGAACCUGAAGCUACAAGUGCUCCCACCAUCACAAAUACAGCCGUCCCCAUUCUGCCCCUGAGCAUAAUGGACUUCUUGGGUCUGGAGCUUUCAUCUCAGGAUGCUGAAGUUGCACUUUAUGUCCUCUUUGUAUUAUUUCUUGGAAGUGUACUUGGCAUGAGCUUCACUGUAUACUGGCUCCUGAAAACAAAAAAGAAGUUAAAGAGAGCUGCAGCGGAAUCUGUUAAGAUGCAGAGAAUGUAAGGAAAGCUUUUGAACCAACAUAGGAAAAUUAAUGACUUACAACACUAGUAAAACUGUAACUCUGUGAUGUUGUGAUCGUUGCUGCUUCUGUAAUUCCAGUAUUUUGUUUGAGGUGCUUGUGUCACUGUCAAUGAUUGGCCUCUAGGUGGCGCCAGUAACUAAGUCUGUUUGUGGAUAUUGGCUGUGAAGCUGCUGUUGAUGCAACAUGUAGCAGUCUCACAUUUGUUAAAUGUCAAAAUUUAGCCAAAGUUUGAGCUAAGGCAAUAGAAAAAUAUGAACUGAGGAAAGUAAAUAAAGAAAACACAUGUUAUUUAAAAGGCUGUACAUUCUCUCUGAGCAACACAGGUUCUUGUAUUUUCCAAUCAUACGUUUACUCCUUUCAUAUUUUGAUCAAACAAACUGUGUCCAUGAUUCUGAUACAAAAGACAAAUUGGAAGGUCUGAGCUCUGAAGCUAAAACCUGUUUUGUGCCGAUGCAAUGCUUACAGAAUUUCCCAAUGGGACUAAUAAAGUACUUUAUUUUCUC